GGCGGCGGCGGACCCGCCAGGCCGUCGAAGGGCGCAGGAGGCCGGUGGGCCAGGUCAGGCCGCGCAGCGCAGCCAUGCCUGGCUUUACGUGCUGCGUGCCGGGCUGUUACAACAACUCGCAUCGGGACAAGGCUCUGCAUUUCUACACGUUCCCCAAGGACGCUGAGCUGCGGCGACUGUGGCUCAAGAACGUGUCCCGCGCUGGCGUCAGUGGGUGCUUCUCCACUUUCCAGCCCACCACGGGCCAUCGUCUCUGCAGCGUCCACUUCCAGGGCGGCCGCAAGACCUACACGGUGCGUGUCCCCACCAUCUUCCCGCUGCGCGGCGUCAAUGAGCGCAAAGUAGCGCGCAGACCCGCGGGGGCCGCGGCUGCCCGCCGUAGGCAGCAGCAGCAGCAGCAGCAGCAACAGCAGCAGCAGCAGCAGCAGCCGUCGCCGUCGGCCUCCACUGCCCAGCUGCAGCCGAACCUGGUGUCUGCCUCGGCGGCCGUGCUCCUCACUCUUCAGGCCGCUGUGGACAGUAGCCAAGCUCCGGGAUCCGUACCCCCGGCACCUACCGUUCCCACCGGAGAAGAUGUGAAGCCCAUCGACCUGACGGUACAAGUGGAGUUCGCAGCUGCAGAGGGCGCCGCAGCCGCAGCAGCCGCGUCAGAGCUGGAGGCUGCUACCGCAGGGCUGGAGGCCGCUGAAUGCCCUAUGGGUCCCCAGUUGGUGGUAGUGGGGGAAGAGGGCUUCCCUGAUACCGGCUCCGACCACUCGUACUCGUUGUCUUCAGGCACCACGGAAGAGGAGCUCCUGCGCAAGCUGAAUGAGCAACGGGACAUCCUGGCGCUGAUGGAGGUGAAGAUGAAGGAGAUGAAGGGCAGUAUUCGCCAUCUGCGUCUCACCGAGGCCAAGCUGCGUGAAGAGCUCCGUGAGAAGGAUCGGCUGCUGGCCAUGGCUGUCAUCCGCAAGAAGCAUGGAAUGUGAAUGGGUCCCCGUGUGGCCUAUGGGACUCCUGGGCCUUUGCCAGCCCAGGGGGACUUAAGGCUGCUGUUGAACUCCCCCAUACUCUGGGGUACUGGUUGACAAUAAUGGGACUUAGGGCAGCUGGACUCUUGCUGGUGAUCUGGCACCUUUACUUGUUUCCUCCUGAAGCAGGGGUCUGGGGCCUCAGAGUCUGUACUGGUGACACCAACAAUUAUGACUUGGUCUUCCCCCAGUUUACAUUGUGGAUUCUGGUUAAGCAGAGGCUUCAGAACCAUUGAACUUGAAACUUAACCCCUAGGGAUGCAGGUGGAUUGCCCAGGGACUGUGGGCUUGAGAAGACAAUACUUUGAGGUUGGCCAGCAAUCAGAGACAACUCUUCUGUGUGUAGUGAUAAGAGAUCCAAGUUACAUCAGUUCUCCUCCUUUUCAUGCUUUUCUUUCCCAGGUGCAGCCUGUGAUUUGGGUGGGGACUGGCAAAUUUGUGCCUCUCUGACUCCUAAGGCUUCCCUCCCAGGAGGUGGUCUAUGAGGGGAUCAGGGUGACCUGCUUGCCAGAUCAGGGAGAUCCAGCUUGCCAGGGACUUAGGUUUAUCCUGUUAUGUUUGCUACUGGUUACAAAUUCUAUUUUCUGUACAAUUAGUCAGACUAAAGUUUUCACUGUGUUUGUUUGGCAAAACGAAUUAAACAGAAAGUAAGGUUUUUAUUUGGGUUUGUGGUUUUAUUUUUAUAAAGACUCAGUAAGUGUCUCUGAACCAUAGUGAAAUAGGCCUCAGCCUUAGGUCUGAAGGAUCAGGCUGAUCCUGAGAGUGGAGACGUUUCAGUGAUCAGGCUUCUCCAUAAAGGGGCCCUAAGCAUAGAAACCCUGGCCCUCAUAAGGUCUUCAGAGUUUCUGGCCAAGAUCAUCCUAAUGAGCCUGGAAACUGCACCAAAUGGUCCUGGUUUGUUCAUAGGUUAUCUGUGUCUUUUCAACAAUGGCGAAGGAACUAAGGGGAAUUGUGACAGCCCACUUUUCUAAGGGUUUUGAAUUCUCAGCCUGGGUUGGAUUUUGCUCACCACUACAUCCUCCUAUGCCUAGCACUGUUUGUCACUCACAGGCAUGCAGUUACUUAAUUCAAUGAAGACCACAGCUAGAGCCAGCCAUGCUCUUAGAGGCACAAGGAGUCUUGUACCAAUAACUUUUGGCCUUGGUACAGCUUCAGUGUGGAGGAACUGGAUCCAUAGAGGGCAUUAAAGAGUUGGGAUUUGUGUUCCUUUGACUCAUUGUCUUGGCUGCUGCCUUUCUUUAGAUUGGGUAUUGGUGGAGACGGGGUGACUAAUAUGUACAGCUCCAAAUAAUUUAGCUGAAAGCUAAUGGGGAGUGGGAAAUGCCUUUAAAGCUUGCCCUGUUUACUAUGGGUGUUGGGGCACAAACGGACACUUUUUAGAGCUUCAUAAAAGAUGACUCUUCUAUGAUAGUUAGGGCCAAAGCCACCUGCCUGGGAACUUGCUCUGUGGCUACAAGCCUCAGCUUAAAACACUUCUUUAGUCUGUCCCCCUCCUGGCAUCUUGGCACUGAGUUGGGAAACAAGU